AUGUUGACCCAGUAUACGUAUAUCAAGCCGAGACAUCAGUUCGGGAAGCAAUGUGUCUUCACGGUCGAACAUGUUGGCAAAGAAAACAUUAUGCCGGAACCGGAAUUGAUGGAAAGUUACGUCAUACGCACGCGCAGUCAUCGUCGAGUACAAGUAGCUAAACAGUUCGCGGUUCAUGAGGCACAGACAACAAUUAAAUCCGUGUCAAAUGCGGGUGUACUUCAUACAGAAGGUGGAUGGCCAAGGGAAAUCAACCCACGAGAUAGCGAAGCUGUUCAAAGAUUUCGUCGACGCGUGGAAAAAGAUGAUAGUUGGACAAUGAAGCGUUACUUGCUGCAAAACAAUGCAGUCAACAUCUACCAGAACUUCUUUGACGACCUGGUCCCGAAAUGCAUGGCCAAAGACUACAAUAUCAGGGUUUCGAACCUGUUCGAAGAUCCGGAGACGAAGGUGAGACCAAUCAGGGAUUUAUCCUGGUCACCGAAUGGAUCGGAUCGGUUGGCCGUUGCGUACGGCUUCAUGGAAUUCGAGGAGCAUUCGGCCGACGUGAGUCCGUACUCCUACGUAUGGGACAUCGAGAAUCCCAACAAAGCUCUGCACACGUUGAAAUCAAGCUCGCAGUUAAUGACAGUCGAAUUCAAUCCUCGAGAUCCUGUAUUGCUACUCAGCGGCCUUAUAACGGGCCAAGUGUGCUACUGGGAUAUUCGAAACAGUGGAAAACCGGCGCAAACAUCUCAUCUUUACACCAGUCAUAGGAAUCCAGCGAUUCAGACCAUCUGGAUCUCUUCCAAGACCAACACCGACUUCUUCUCCUCUUCUACCGAUGGGAUGGUCCUGUGGUGGGACGUCAGGUACAUGAGAAAACCCACAGAGGUCUUGGUGAUGGACCUCGACAAUCCGAAGAGAGCGGACAUCUCGAAAGCUGUCGGUGUCACGGCGCUUCAGUUCGAACAAACAAUGAGCAGUAAAUUUCUAGCUGGUACCGAAAAUGGUAUCGUGGUGAAUGUGAACAGGAGAAUGAACAAUCCCGUAGAAAAAGUGGCAGUUAGGUUCGAGUGUUACACCGGAGCAGUCAUCACGAUUGACAGAAACCCCAUCUACACGAAGAAUUUUUUAACGGUUGGCAAUUGGACAGCCAAGGUGUGGGCAGACGACACGAAGGAAGGAUCUUUGCUCAGUACCAGAAACAAACUCGUUGAUCUGAGCGGUGGCUGCUGGAGCAAAUCCAGGUGCUCCGUGUUCUUCAUCAUAAACACGCAAGGCGUAUUGGAAGCUUACGAUGUUCUGGCGGGCUUGAAAGCACCGUUGGCUAAGAUUCACAUAUGCAAGGAUAGUCUGACGUCGAUCAACGCGCACAAAGACGGCGAUUUCCUCGCUGUUGGAAGUAGCAAUGGCAAAGUGUACCUGUUGGAGUGCACGGAAGACUUUGGAAUGUUCUCGAAAGAAGACAGACUUGCUUUAAACAACUACCUGGAAAGCCGUGGUCGCUACGAGAAGGUGAUCGACAGUCGUUUGAAGGAAUUCCGGCUAGCCCGAGGUGUGUCUCAAGACUCCCAGCACAAGGACACGCGCGAGUUGAAGUCGAAAUCCAAGAAGAAGGAUCACAAGGAGAAGAAGGAGCACAAGGAGAAGAAGAAAGAAAAGUUGUCGACUACGGAGAAAGAAAUGCGAAAGAAAUCCAGGACCUUGAAGCCGAAGGGGAAGAGUAGCGUUAGGAUGACUUAUCCCGAGCUAAACAGGGCGGAGAUGGAUUACUUCAACAAAAUAGACGAGAUAUCAGCGACAUACACUCCGCUUGACGAAGCAGACGUGGUAGCUGCACAGCCACUGUUGAACGAGAGAAGGGUCGUGAAAGAGCCGGAAGAAGAGGCAGAGCCCGAGAAAGAGGAGAUGAAGAGACAACGAUCGGUGAGAAAGAUCAGGAGUCGAACAAAGACGGUGAAAGGUUGCGACGUGUAUGGCUCCCAAGCGUCCAAUGAAAUGGCUACUGAAACGUUAUUUAGAGGCUCAAUGUAUAUUAGUUUGAUGGUAUUCAGAUAUAAGUUAUUCCUAAACUCUGAACUAAUUCGAAAACUAGAAUCGGAACGAAAGGCAAGACAAUUGCAGAGGAUGAAGGAACACAAAAUGAUGGCCGAUGACGUCCCCGAGAAGAGCAGAUCGUUCAUCAUGGAUAACAAGUGGUUCAGACGAUUGACCGAUUAUAUCAUUCAUAUCCCUGUACCAUCUCCAGCGGCCAGGAGGAAGAUCUUGGCAGCGAAAAACACCCCGCCGAACGUACUUCGACGCGAGCUGCAGGAAGCCAAGAAGGAGAUACGUGCUUGGCAGGAGAAGGCGCUGGCGAAGAAGCUCAGCUCGUGGGCCAUCGAGAGGAAGCUGAAGGUGAGAGCGGAAACACCGACCGAGGAUAAAUCGGAGGCCAAGAAGGAAACCGUGGAAGACGAGGAAGCAAAGGAACACGUGGCCAAAGUAGAGAAGACGAAACGAAUCGUCAGACCGGCGGUGACAGUCAAGAAACAGCCAAGCUUGCGCAGGAGCAAGAAAUUAAAACUGACAGAAGAUGACAUCGAAUUGCAGAAGAAGGAGGAACAAAUGGAGUUCUGGAACAUACUGAAGAAGAAAGUUAAGCAGUACGACGAGCAGCAUCAGCAGGUCCAGUCCUAUCCUAGAAUAUCAGCUGCCUAUCCAAAGGCGUCUUUAGAAGAGUUGCCGAAGAGGGACUCCGCUAAGGAGAUUAAGUUAACCUGCUUAAUUAAAGGCUGGCAAAAAUUAAAAAUGGCACAGGAUAUGGAGAUCAAGUUAGUCUAUUUAAUUAAAGGCUGCCAAAAAUUAAAAAUGGCACAGGUGUGCUAUCUUUUAUACAGGGAGUCGGAACGAAAGGCAAGACAAUUGCAGAGGAUGAAGGAACACAAAAUGAUGGCCGAUGACGUCCCCGAGAAGAGCAGAUCGUUCAUCAUGGAUAACAAGUGGUUCAGACGAUUGACCGAUUAUAUCAUUCAUAUCCCUGUACCAUCUCCAGCGGCCAGGAGGAAGAUCUUGGCAGCGAAAAACACCCCGCCGAACGUACUUCGACGCGAGCUGCAGGAAGCCAAGAAGGAGAUACGUGCUUGGCAGGAGAAGGCGCUGGCGAAGAAGCUCAGCUCGUGGGCCAUCGAGAGGAAGCUGAAGGUGAGAGCGGAAACACCGACCGAGGAUAAAUCGGAGGCCAAGAAGGAAACCGUGGAAGACGAGGAAGCAAAGGAACACGUGGCCAAAGUAGAGAAGACGAAACGAAUCGUCAGACCGGCGGUGACAGUCAAGAAACAGCCAAGCUUGCGCAGGAGCAAGAAAUUAAAACUGACAGAAGAUGACAUCGAAUUGCAGAAGAAGGAGGAACAAAUGGAGUUCUGGAACAUACUGAAGAAGAAAGUUAAGCAGUACGACGAGCAGCAUCAGCAGGUCCAGUCCUAUCCUAGAAUAUCAGCUGCCUAUCCAAAGGCGUCUUUAGAAGAGUUGCCGAAGAGGGACUCCGUGAGCAAGAAGAAACACUGA